AUGGACGAUAUUUCGAGACGAAAUGCCUAUCGAUUUGUGGCCUAUUCGGCUGUCACUUUUUCAGUGGUUGCUGUAAUUUCAGUGAGUUUCGGGGGUAGCUGAAAGCUUAAAAUGAGCCAAAUUUAGUUGUGCAUCACCCUUCCAAUGGUCUACAACUAUGUUCACAACAUCAAAUCGCAAAUCGAUCAUCAAAUCGCAUUCUGCAAACAUUCUGCCAAGGAUAUCUUCAACGAGAUUCAUCAUAUCCGCGAAGCCCCCAAAAACCUCACGCAAGCUUCUCGUGAAAAACGUCAAGCCUACGGUUCAUGCGAUCAUUGUUGUCAACCAGGUCCAGCUGGUCCAGCGGGUCCAGCUGGAAAACCUGGACGUCCAGGUCGUCCAGGUGCAGCGGGUCAUCCAGGAAACCCGGGUCGUCCACCAGCAACACCUUGCGACCCGAUCACUCCACCACCUUGUCGACCUUGCCCUCAGGGACCACCUGGAGCUCCGGGAUCUCCUGGACCACAGGGUGAUGCUGGAAGCGCUGGGCAACCUGGAUUUGGUGGAGGUCGAGGUGCCGCAGGGCCUGCAGGACCAAAGGGACCUUCGGGAGCACCGGGAAGACCAGGAUUGGCUGGAGCGCCAGGACAACCAGGACAAUCUGCACAGGGACAAUCUACGCCAGGUUUGCCAGGACCAGCUGGACCGCAAGGGCCACCAGGGCCUAAUGGAGCACCAGGGAGACCAGGAGCAGCCGGAUAUCCAGGAGCACCUGGACAAAAGGGACCAUCGGGAGCACCAGGGUUGCCAGGAGCUGAUGGAAAUCCAGGAGCACCGGGACAACCGGGUGGAGCUGGUGGAUUGGGAGAACGCGGGAUUUGUCCGAAAUAUUGUGCCAUUGAUGGCGGAGUUUUCUUCGAUGAUGGAAGUUUUAAACAACGUUAA